CAGACGCACCGCCAACCCUGCAGACAGCCGCAGCCACCUCAGCCACUCUCUGCCAGGCCACCACACAGACACCAUGGAGGGGAAAGCCUAUCUCACCGACGAGUCCGCCUACAAGACCCUCCAGCAGUACUACAGCAGCAAUGGCGCCAAACUUAAUAUCCUGCAGAUGUUCAAGGAGGACCCGGACCGCUUCAAGAAAUACAGCAUCACCUUGAGCACACCUAGCGAUGGCGACAUUCUCUUUGACUACAGCAAGAACCGCAUCAAUGGCGAGGUGAUGAAGCUCCUCAUGGACCUGGCCCGGGCCCGCAAGGUGGAGGCUUCACGGGAUGCCAUGUUCUCCGGGGAAAAGAUCAACUUCACCGAGGACCGAGCAGUCUUGCACAUUGCCCUGCGGAACCGUUCCAACACCCCUGUCAUGGUGAACGGGGAGGACGUGAUGCCCGGGGUGAACGCUGUGCUUGCCCACAUGAAGGAGUUCUGUGGCAAGGUCAUCUCCGGCGACUGGAAAGGCUACACAGGCAAGGCCAUUACUGAUGUGGUGAACAUUGGCAUUGGCGGCUCUGACCUCGGCCCCCUCAUGGUCACCGAGGCCCUCAAGCCGUACGCUAUCGGCCCCAACGUCCACUUCGUGUCCAACAUUGACGGCACACACAUGGCCAAGACCCUCAAGCUCCUGAACGCGGAGACGACCCUCUUCAUCAUCGCCUCCAAGACUUUCACCACCCAGGAGACCAUCACCAACGCCACCUCCGCCAAGAAGUGGUUCCUCGACACCGCCAAGGAUGCUUCAGCUGUGGCCAAGCACUUCGUCGCCCUGUCCACCAACGGGCCCAAGGUAAAGGACUUUGGCAUUGACGAGGCCAACAUGUUCGGCUUCUGGGACUGGGUGGGCGGCCGCUACUCCCUGUGGUCAGCUAUCGGCCUUUCCAUCGCCCUGCACAUCGGUUACGACAACUUUGAGAAGCUCCUCGCUGGCGCCCACUUCAUGGAUAACCACUACAAGACGGCUCCCCUUGAACAAAACAUUCCUGUGAUCCUGGCCAUGUUGGGGGUGUGGUACUCGAACUUCUAUGGCGCUGAGACCCAUGCCCUGCUGCCUUAUGACCAGUACCUGCACCGCUUUGCCGCGUACUUCCAGCAGGGAGACAUGGAGUCCAACGGAAAGUACGUUACAAGGAGCGGGCGCACGGUUCAGUACAGCACGGGGCCCAUCGUGUGGGGCGAGCCGGGCACCAACGGGCAGCACGCCUUCUACCAGCUCAUCCACCAGGGCACACGCCUCAUCCCCGCUGACUUCAUCGCCCCAGCCAAGUCACACAACCCCAUCGCCGACAACCUCCACCACAAGCUGCUCCUGGCUAACUUCCUUGCCCAGACGGAGGCUCUCAUGAAGGGCAAGACUCCUGCUGAGGUGGAGGCAGAGCUGAGCAAGGCCGGCAUGCCUGAGGACCAGAAGAAGCGGAUCCUCCCCCACAAGGUGUUCGAGGGUAACCGCCCCACCAACUCCAUCAUGGUGGAGAGCCUCACCCCCUUCACCCUCGGCGCCCUCGUUGUCAUGUACGAGAUGAAGAUCUUCACCCAGGGCGUCGUCUGGGACAUCAACUCCUUCGACCAGUGGGGCGUUGAGCUCGGCAAGCAGCUGGCCAAGGCCAUUGAGCCUGAGCUGCAGGACAAGAACCCCGUGUCCUCGCAUGACGCCUCCACCAACGGCCUCAUCAACUUCAUCAAGAACCAUCUCUAAGGCGACCCAGCGGUUCCUGCCGGGCAUGGGUGUCGUGGGCUGUGGUCCAGGGGUGGCGGUGGCGGUGGUGGUCGGCUCUGGUCAUUGUGCUAUAGUUGUACAUGUGUUAAGACAUUUCUUUUAUAGAUAAUAUAUAUUUAAUUUAAAGCUGACAAUAUAUAUUUUCAUCAGUUUCAGAUGAUAUUUGUUAGUCUUCCCAUAUAGUUCAGGAGUAAAUCCUGUAAACUGUGCAAUAUCUACAAGAUUACUGUAUAUCUUGUAAAUAUUCCCAUGUCAACGUUAUGGGUAAGUCAAGAGAGAUGAAAAGUGCUGAAAAUCCCGAGUCAUCCUCGUACUGGAGUAUGUUUGCUUUAUUCCCAAAAGUGAACGGGGUGGUGUGAUGCAUGUCUGUCUUGUCUUGCUUGGGGCCCGGUGCAGCGAUGUGCAUUAGGUGGUUUACAAGUGGAAUCAUUUGUACUGGUUGUUAUGUUACGCUGAGUGUAGCUGGGAAGGUAUGACAGUAAACUUGUGUGUUGUUCUGACUUGUUUGUAGCAGAUUGCUGUACUUUGUAGAUAAUGUACUCUGUAGAUAGGGAAGCUACUGUAGUGUGUAUGCUGUUGGUUGAUUAUGGAAGAAUUUAAUUGUCAUUCCCCAUAGCAUAAUGUGCCCAUCUGCGAUACAUUUAAAAAUAUCGGUUGACGGCACCACUAGGUAUUCUUGUUGCAUAAAGCUGAGCGUUUUUUCCAUCCUGCAGUUUUGUACACACACAUUGGUCAUAUUGAUUAUCAUUUAAAUAAAACAUCCAGAGUAAAAAC